AUGACCAAAUUCACCAUUAAUUGAUAUUUCUAGCGUUAUUAUAAUGUUAAUACGAAAAUUUGUUUAGCUCUAAGUCAUCACUUGGAAUCAUGCAUACGUCUAACGGGUCGAAAUGGUAAUAAGUAUCUCUCUAUUCUUCGGAAAUGAACCGGAAUCUUCUACUUAUUCAAAGUCAAGAUAUUCCGAGUACAGAAUGCCGGUCGCAUAUCUGUAAACAUCUCAUAUCUAUUGAAUUUUAUUUUCCAAUUGUUUUCACGUAUGUAACUUUAAUUCGAUACGAGUGUGCUUCAUAUUAUACGGGAUUCUUAGCCAAUAGUUGAAAAGAAUUUUUCAAUAACAGCGAGCGUAUAUCUUUUUGGCGUGGUUUGAAAAUUUUUAUUGCUGUUAAUAAUUGGAGUAUGAUUACAGCGUACCUAUCUGAUGCAGACACCUACUUCAGAUAAAUAGACAGAACUACGUGUUCGUCCUACUGUACUCGGACGCCUACGAUUUUCAUAAAUAUUUAAUAAAAUCUUGAUCAACGGAUAAGUAGAUUCGACGCCGAUACCAUUUCAGGUAUCACAUCUCCCACGCUGGUCAUUAUAUCCUACACAUUCUUUCCCAGUGAUUUUUCAUACGCAUCUAAUCUAAUCAACAGGGAAUUCUUGUUGCCGUACCUUGUGCAACGAAGAAGAGGUGAUUAGUUCAAAUUUUUUGUUUGAAAAUGUUUCGAACAAAUGUCUGUCUAAUUGUCCGUUAUGCACAUAGUCGGAACUGAAGUUUUAUAGCAAACUCCAUGGAGCACCUUUGGGAAACGCAUGGUCGCCGUCUUAGCGAGGCAGGAUUGCGGAGAGGUUCAGAUACUAGUGUGAUCCUAACGGAGGAUACAGACAGCUUCAUAAUCGGAGAUCGAGUUUGGGUAGGAGGCACAAAACCCGGACUAAUUGCCUACAUUGGAGAGACUCAAUUUGCUCCAGGAGAUUGGGCUGGAAUCGUACUUGACGAUCCAAUUGGAAAAAAUGAUGGAUCUGUUGCGGGUUCCCGAUAUUUUCAAUGUGGACCCAAGAGAGGUGUAUUCUCUCGGCUCACCAGGCUGACGAGACAACCUUUGACCGAAGCAAUGUCUUCAUCUAUGUACUCUUCAGCUCAAAGAGCGCCAACGUCUCCAACUGAAAGUACAAGGGGCAAUCUCAGCAAGUCUAUGUCACCUUCAUUAAACACUUCAACAACAAGCCUCUCCUCGAUGUCGCAUAGAGAGUUAAGAUUAGGGGAGCGGGUAAUAGUGUCCUCUAGCCAAGGUAGUAAAGCUGGUGUGCUAAGGUUCAUUGGAUCUACUGAAUUUGCAUCUGGAGAAUGGUGCGGUGUCGAACUAGAUGAUCCAGUUGGAAAGAACGAUGGAGCUGUUGGUGAAAAAAGGUACUUUGAAUGCCGUCCUAAGCACGGUCUUUUUGCUCCGGUGCACAAAGUAAGUCGAUCACCAUCAAACAAGAGAUCGUCAACAUGCGUCGUCCACAAACCCUCUGGGGCAGCGUUGAGUAUGUCGCUGAGAAAGCUAGGCUCUAGAGAGUCUUUGGUUUCGGUGUCCAGUAUUGCCAGCACAACUGCUAGUACCGCUGCUAAAAAUGCCACAACUUCAGCUAGGAAACCUGGCUUGCGCACUUCGACACCUGUGAGAAAUUCAAUGCAGGAGAUGCUAAAGGACAAACAGAUAGAAAUCGAAUAUCUUCACAAAGAGAGAGACUUAGAACGUGAGCGGGUAACAAGGGCUGCCAAUCAGGCUGAUCAAGCAGAGCAAAUGGUGAUAUUGCUACGACUAGAACAUGAAAAGUACCGAGAAGAUAUGGAAAAGAAAAUUCAAGAAGCACAGUUAGCCUUGGCUAAAUUAUUAGAUGAAAAAAGUUUAUUAGUUGCACAGCUUGAAGAAGAACGCAGAAAAUCUGAAGACUUAUUGUUUCGCUACGAAGAGGAAUCCAUCAAUAAGGAUGACAUUCAGGAAGAGAAGACUGCUCAAAAUGUUACAAAUACAUUAAAUGAAAAUAAAAUCAAGGAACUCGAGCAAAAACUUUCAGAAGAAAGAGAAAGGGUAGUUCAACUCGAACAGGAAAGCGUUAAAUUAUUUGAAGUAGAAGAAGAAUUGACGAAGUUACGCACCGAACUGUCUACCACUGCAAGUCAAGAUGAAAGUGCUUCCAAAGACUUCCAGGAGCUACAGAAACUUUUGGAAGAAACGCAAAAGUCCCUCCAGCAUAAAGAUGAAGAAAAAAGUGUCCUUAUUGCAAAGUAUGAUGCUGAGAUAAAAUUGUUACAAGCACAAUUGACGGACAAUGAAAAUAUUGUGUCACUGUUGAAGCAUUCAGAAUCCACAAUUAAGAGUGAUUUGGAUCAUGCUAAACAAAGCCUGGAUAGUAGGAAUUCAAUAAUUUCAGAAAUGAGUCGCAAAUUUGACUUCGACACAACAAAUUUGAAACAAAAACUAGAGCAAUAUCAACUCGAUAUCGAGAAUAUUACGAAACAGAACACGGUACAUGAAGAGUUGGUUGCCAAGUACGAGGAGACUAUAUCCGAAAAAGAGAACGUUAUUAAAACUAAAAAUGAACAGCUAGAUGCUGAAAUGAAACGCAACUUAGAAACACAACAGUUAAAUUUAAAACAAAUUAAAGAUGACAACAUGAAGCAUAUUGAAGAACUUUCGAAUAGAUUCAAAAACCAAUUAGACGACAAAGAAUUACAACUUGAAAAACUUUUCCUGCAACUCAAAGAAAAAAAUUUAGAAGUAAAACAAUUACAGACUGAGAUACAAAACUUUAAUUUAAGCAAAGACGAUCAGCUUCAAAAAGCAUCUGCACAACUUAAUGAAUUGAAUGGGAAGUUAAAAUUAUCGGAUGAAAGUAACAGAACUCUUACAAAUCAGAUACAAGUUUUGCAAUCGAAAAUUGAAGAGGAUUACCAAAAAAAUAAUCAACAAAAAAAGAGACUCGAACAAGACAUCGCAGAUCUUCAUAAGUCGUCGCAAGAAACUUUGUCCCAGUUGAAAAACUUAACGGCAGACUUCAGCAAAAAAGAAAUCGAGCUUGUCAACCUCAGUGAGAGUCGAGCGAAAGAAAUUGAGAAAUUGACCAAAGCCUUUACUGACCAAAUUGCAGCCAAAGAACAAAAUCUCACAGAGUUGACAUCUGAAAGUGUUCGCAUGACCGACGAACUUCAAAGCUUGCAAAAAACUAUAUCAAAUCUGGAACUUACCAUAGCUCAGAAGAAUCAUGAGAACGAACAGUUAUUAAAAAAAUAUACAGAACUGGAAAAUAAUCUGUCGAUGGAAAAAAGGGACAAGGUUUCCAUUGAGACCGAAGUACAGACGUUCACAGCUACCAUCGCGGAUUUAAACCAAAAAUUAGUGAUUGCUGAGGAAAAGAUUUCUCUCCUGAUCGAGCAAAAGAAAAAAUUGGAGUUGGAUAUAUCUAACUUUAUAAGUUCUUCGGCUGACUCUUCAGACCAACUUACAAAAUAUAAUGAUGAUCUCAGGAAGAAAGAACGGGAGUUGGAUGAAGCUCAUGACAAAAUUCGUCAACUUCAAAAUUCCUUUGACUCCACUCAAAAUCAAUUAGAUACAGUUCAACAAGAUUUGAAAAAGUCGCAACAAUUGAAUCAAGAAGUUAGUUUCAAGGUGGAGGAAAUACAAAGACUGUAUACAUCGGAGAAAAAGUUGAACGAAGAGCUAACCAUGCAACUUACAUCCACUCAAAGUCGAGAACAAGAGCUCCUUCAAAUCAUUGACCAAAAUAAAGAACUCAGUGUUGAUCUCGAAAAGACAUGCACUGAAGUUUCUCAAUUGAAUAUUCAGUUGGUAUCUUGUCGCGAAGAAAUUGAAGAGCUGAGAAAGAAAAACUUAGAAGUACAGAAAUUGCAUGAUGAAGUGAUCGAAAAGUCUAAUAAUGAAAAAAUUUCAAGUGACAAACGCAUACUUGAGUUGGAUGUAAAACUAGAAGAAUUUUCGCAGGAACUCAAACUGUUGCAACAAUCGAAACAAAAAUUAGAAAAUGAAUUAAAUGGAAGGGAACAAUCCAUUAACGAACUCGCUGAAAAACUUAACUGCGAGGCAGAAUCUAAGGCGGAUUUGAACAAAUUAUUGUUAGACACAAACUCCAAGCUCAGUCAAAGUGGGAUGAAGAUUCAAGCUCUGCAAGAGGAGAUAAAUGCCCUUGAUAGUAAUAUCAAAUUCAUAAAUGUAAAGUACAAUGAUUGUCUUACAGAAAUAGCCCUGUUGAAAUCUGCUAACGAUAAUUCGGCUUCAGAAGCUCAGAUGAAAUUGGUAACGGUCGAAAAACAAUUGGCCCAUAUUACCACCGAGAAUGAAAGUUUAACUAAAUCUCUUGCACAAAUAUCUAAAGUCAACAGUGAACUGAAUACCACAUACAUCGAUUCAGCUGAAAAUAACAAGGCUCUUAAGGGUAAACUUCUAGAUAUUGAGAGUCUAAUUGUAACAAAAGAUAACAUAAUUUCUGAAUUGAAUGCCAAACUCAUUAGCAUUGAGGAAAGUGCUGCACAAUCAAAGAAUGAUUCUUCCAAGGUCAAUGAAAGUUUGAAGCAGGAGCUAAACUCUGCGUUAGAAGAAAAGAGUCGUAUUCAAGAAACAAUAAAAUCUCUCGAACACCGAUUACUUGAUACGCAAAAUAAUCUGUCGGCCAAAGAAAAGUCGGAAUUAGAAUUGAUUUCCAAAAUAGAGAAUUUAACUAAGGUGCAGGAAAAAUCUCUUCGAGACAUGAAAUGUUCGAAAGAUCAUGAAAUUCAGCAUCUGCGUAGUGAAAUGGAGAAGGUAGCAUCAAAAAAUAUGGAGCUGUCGCAAAACAUGGAUGCUCUAAAAACUUUGAUAACUACGAAAGAGGCCGUAUUGGGUGAAAGGGAAUUAGUUAUCGAGAAACUCAAUGAAAAGAUUAAGCAGAUUGCAAAGCUGGAAACUGAAAAAUUGAAUUCUGAUCAAGAAUUUGAAACAAAACUCACAUCACAACAAUCCGAGCUAGAUUGUAUGAGUAAGCAGAAUGCAGAUUUACACACUGCCAAAGAAUUUUUAACGACAUCGCUGCAAGAAAAGCAGAACAGGAUAAGUGCGUUGGAAGAAUCUCUGAAUAUUGAAGAAACCAAACAACAAACGAAAAAUAAAGAAUUUUUGGAUAAGUUAAAUCUCACAUCUGCGGAAUUGAUGCAACUGAAAGAAGCCCACUCCUUAUUGCAACAAGAAUUCAAAAAAACGAAUGAAAAAUGGAUACAGGGACAAGAAGCUUUGAAAUUAGCGACUCAGCGUCAUAAGGAUCUUCAAGAUGUGGAUGUUGUUACAAACAAUCAAUCCAUUCAUGCUGCAGGAGGCGACACAAAUAAACAUAAAAAUAAUGCCAGUAGCAAGGACUCCAAUAAUGACAAAUUAUUAGAGGAAUACGAAUUGGCUCAAGGACAAAUUGAAUUUUUAAAUUCAGUUAUAGUUGAUAUGAAGAAAAAAAAUGAUGCUUUGAUGUGUAAGGUAGAAGUUCUGGAAAUGGGGAUUCCACCCAGUGAAGCGGAUGAUUAUAACUUAAAUUCGAUCAACGCUAGGAUAAUGCCGCCCCGUUUGUUCUGCGACAUUUGCGAUCAAUUUGAUUUACAUGAUACGGAAGAUUGUCCACGUCAGGCACAAGGAUCUCCAGAGCCAGUAACAUCAGCGCGAACCCCUACUAGAGGUCCGAUAGAGAGACCUUAUUGUGACAUAUGCGAGGCAUUUGGUCAUGACACAGCUGACUGCGAUGAUGGAGAAACGUUUUGACCGUACGAGCAUUCUGGUUGCUUGGCGAAUGUUGUCUUGCCUAUGAAAAUAUGUUGAGUUUUCAGAGUAUAUUUUUGUAUUGGGAAUCUUACACGUAACGCUGAAGUAAGCCGAGUCUUCCUAUUUGUAGUAGAAUUUUUUUCCUGAAACUUAAUCGAAACCUUGCAAUAAUGCGUUGAAUCUUCUUUAAUGCAGUACAUGUAUUUUCGUUCAUCAACAAUAGAUCUGAUACCAUUGCUUAGACUUACACAAAUACAUGCUAUAUCAAUUAAA